AUGUGGGAAGACAAGAUGGACUGGCAGCGGGACGCCUCGGACGAUGGAAAGAUUCGUGAGGCCACGAAUGAUGAGUUUCUGGUCGACGACCCCAUGGAUAUUGGCCCGGAGAAUGACCUGAAGACGAAUGAAGGGUAUGAAAGGAGCACGAUGGUGCAAGGGAGAAGCGCGCCUGAGCCCAUGAUGCAGAUCAUUGCAGUCCUUAGGUUUGGAAUCUUUGAGCUUGAAAUCCAUACGGUGAAUUAG